AUGGAUCAGUCAACACCGGCGGGGUUGGCACUGACGGAUGGAUAUCUGGACGACGUCCACUCCAUCUUCGACAAACACAACCACUCUAUCGUCCUAGUGGAGAAGUGCACAAUGAUGUGGAUGGGGAUUUCUCAAACACCAACUGAUCAUGACUUCCUCGUCCGAGACUCUCAGCUUGAGGAUAUUCUUACCGCAUUCCUUGCUUGGGAAGAGUGGGAACAAGUCGAACAAGACCCAUCAACCUGUUACAAUGAUCCCUGGGUGAAUCAAGUCCCCAGGUUUCGACGCUCGGUGCGAGAACCUGUUCACAUCAGUCUCUGGCCGGAAAAGAUCUACUCCCUCUCAGUGGACAAUGGACCUAAAAUCCAGGUGCCCAACGUGGUCACACGGUGGGAUUGA